AUGGGGGUUUUGGUUUUAAGACUCAUCUUAAUAUACUCAUUCUUUAGCACAUUAGUCUACUGUGGGAGCUCAUUGCCAGGAAAUGAGACAGAUAGGUUGGCAUUGCAAGCCAUGAAAGCUCAAAUACUGCAAGAUCCCCAUAGGGUCUUGAGCUCAUGGAAAGACUCCAUUCACUUUUGCCUAUGGCAAGGUGUCAACUGCAGUCUACAGCAUCAUCAGAGGGUCAUUCGGCUAGAUCUCCAUUCUCAAAAUUUAGUGGGAACCAUAUCCCCACACAUAGGCAAUCUAAGCUUCUUAAGGGAACUACAUCUCCAAAACAACAGCUUCAGUCAUGAAAUCCCUCCGGAAAUCUGGCAUUUACACAGAUUGCAGGUACUUCGUCUAGACAAUAACUCACUUAGUGGCUCUCUUCCUGUCAAUGUUUCUAAUUGCCUCAGCCUCAUCAAUCUCAAUGUUGGUUACAACAACUUGGUGGGUAAAAUAUCGCCAGAAAUCAGCAUCUUGUCGAAGCUUCAAAGCCUUGUUCUGCAAGCUAAUCACUUAACAGGAGAAAUCCCUCCUUCCCUUGGUAAUCUUUCAUCUCUGAUGAUACUUGGUGCAAAUGAUAACAACUUGAAAGGAAGCAUUCCUAGUUCUUUAGGUCAAUUGAGAAAUUUAACUAAUAUCUCAUUGGCCUCAAAUACAUUGUCUGGUAGUGUCCCUCCCUCCAUCUACAACCUCUCUGCUCUCAUUGCUUUUUCCUUGUCACAAAACCAAAUUCAAGGGAGCAUUCUCUCAGACUUAGGAAACACUCUUCCUAAUCUCCAAUACUUUCACAUUUAUGGGAACCAAUUUACUGGGUCCAUUCCUAUGUCAAUAUCCAAUGCCACAAGUCUAGUGGAAUUGGAUAUUUCAGAGAACAAACUAACUGGGCAAGUGCCAAAUUUGCAGAACCUGGUUAACUUAGAAUUAUUGAGCAUGGGGAAUAACAACUUCAAAGGUCAUAUCCCCAACGACAUUGCGAAACUUUCAAGCCUUAGGAGAUUGAGUCUUCAAAACAAUGCAUUAUCAGGGAGCAUACCUUCCUCUCUAGGAAAUUUAACAAUGUUAACCAGACUCUUAUUGCAAGGAAAUAAUCUUGAGGGUAGCAUCCCUUCAAGCCUAGGGGAAUGCCAGAGGCUGCUUCUUUUGAAUCUCUCUCGAAAUAACCUUGGUGGCCCAAUACCUCAACAUGUUAUUGGCCUCCCCUCCUUAUCAAUUUCUUUGGACUUGUCUAGAAACCACUUUGUUGGUCCCUUUCCAUUGAAGGUUGGACAGUUGAAGAGUUUAGGGGCAUUGGACAUUUCUGAUAACAUGUUAGCAGGAGAACUUCCCACUAGCCUUGGUAGCUGUUUGAGCUUAGAAGUCCUACACUUGCAAGGCAACUUGUUCAAGGGGCCUAUUCCUUCUUCUAUGAUUUCACUGAAACGGAUUCGAGAUUUGGAUCUUUCUCGCAACAAUCUGUGGGGUGAAAUUCCACAGUUUUUACAGGGGUUUUCGUCCUUGACAAAUCUGAACCUAUCUUACAAUGAAUUUCGGGGAGCUGUACCAGUUGAAGGUGUUUUUAACACUCUUAGUAUGACUUCAAUUGUUGGAAACAACUGGCUCUGCGGCGGCAUUGCUGAGCUUCAGCUACCCAAAUGCAAACAUUCUAAGGAGUCCAAGGAGUCCAAGGGUGGAGGAUUGUCUCAUAGAUUCAUUUUAGUACUCUCUAUAUCCGGGUUUCUAGGAAUAGCUAUGCUGCUGUCUCUUAUAUUUCGUCGUCGACUAAGAAAGAAGAAAAGCAUGGAAACUGAAAUGACAAGUUUGGAGAACUCUAUAUUGCAACUGUCAUACUCUGCUCUCCUAAAAGCAACUGAUGGGUUCUCUUCCAUUAAUUUGAUUGGUGUUGGAAGUUUUGGGUCUGUGUACAAAGGCCUACUUCUUGAUGAUGAUAGAGCUCAGCUUGUUGCAGUGAAAGUGCUCAACCUGUUACGCCGGGGAGCUUCUAAGAGUUUCAUAGCUGAAUGUGAGGCCUUGAGAAAUAUCAGGCAUCGAAAUCUUGUCAAGAUUUUAACUAUAUGUUCGAGUGUUGAUUUUCGUGGCAACGAUUUCAAGGCCCUGGUUUACGAGUUCAUGGACAAUGGGAGCUUAGAGGAGUGGUUGCAUCCAACUACUCCAACAGAGGAGGUAAGAGAUGCACCUAAGAACUUAAAUCUUGCUCAGAGGCUAGACAUUGCCAUUGAUGUUGCUUGUGCUCUAGAUUAUCUUCAUAACCAUUGUGGAACACCAAUAGUUCAUUGCGAUCUAAAGCCAAGCAAUGUUCUUUUGGACGACGGAUUGACCGGACAUGUAUCUGACUUCGGACUAGCAAGAUUUCUCCCUAAAGAAACUAGUAACGUUUCUGCAAAUCAAAUAAGUUCCACUGGCAUAAGAGGAUCAGUUGGUUAUGUAGCUCCAGAGUAUGGUAUGGGAAGUAAGGUGACAACAUAUGGGGAUGUCUACAGCUUUGGCAUUCUCUUGCUAGAGAUGUUUACAGGCAAGAGACCCACUGAUCUCAUGUUUAGUGAAGGCUUGAACCUUCAUAAUUUUGUCAAGGUGGCUUUUCCUGAGGGAGUUACACAAAUUGCAGAUCCACUACUUCUUCAAGGAGAUCACACCAGAAGGAGAACCAAUGACACUCAAAAAAAGCUGAAGUGCUUGUGUUUGAUCUUUCAAAUUGGAAUUGCUUGUUCUGUUGAAUCCCCAAGAGACCGAAAGGAUAUUAGUCAUGUUGCCUCUGAAUUGCAAUCCUUUAGGGACAUUCUUCUUAUGUAG